AUGGGAAUUGAGAAUUCUUCUCCUUCAGCAAGCAAUGGUUUGGCCAUGUUUUCCGAAUGUGACGGGAAAAUUUUUCAAUGGAAUCAUACGAGGAUAAAUAAAACAUUUGGGGUGAUGCUUUUGAUGAUGAAGAAUCAACCUUUAAGGAUAGAUAAACAUUCAGCAAAUGUUUCAAAACUCUUCACUGAAAAAACAGAAAUGUAA